CACAGUCCAAGGACUUGCAGUUAACAAGACUGCAAAGACUGAACCACAGUCCAAGGACUUGGCAGUUAACAAGACUGCAAAGACUGAACCACAGUCCAAGGACUUGGCAGUUAACAAGACUGCAAAGACUGAACCACAGUCCAAGGACUUGCCAGUUAACAAGACUGCAAAGACUGAACCACAGUCCAAUGACUUGCCAGUUAACAAGACUGCAAAGACUGAACCACAGUUCAAGGACUUGCCAGUUAACAAGACUGCAAAGACUGAACCACAGUCCAAGGACUUGCCAGUUAACAAGACUGCAAAGACUGAACCACAGUCCAAGGACUUGCCAGUUAACAAGACUGCAAAGACUGAACCACAGUCCAAGGACUUGCCAGUUAACAAGACCUCAAAGACUGAACCACAGUCCAAGGACUUGCCAGUUAACAAGACCUCAAAGACUGAACCACAGUUCAAGGACUUGCCAGUUAACAAGACCUCAAAGACUGAACCACAGUCCAAGGACUUGCCAGUUAACAAGACCACAAAGACUGAACCACAGCCCAAGGACUUGCCAGUUAACAAGACCUCAAAGACUGAACCACAGUUCAAGGACUUGCCAGUUAACAAGACCUCAAAGACUGAACCACAGUCCAAGGACUUGCCAGUUAACAAGACUUCAAAGACUGAACCACAGUUCAAGGACUUGCUAGUUAACAAGACCUCAAAGACUGAACCACAGUCCAAGGACUUGCCAGUUAACAAGACCUCAAAGAUUGAACCACAGUUCAAGGACUUGCCAGUUAACAAGACUUCAAAGACUGAACCACAGUUCAAGGACUUGCCAGUUAACAAGACCACAAAGACUGAACCACAGUUCAAGGACUUGCCAGUUAACAAGACCACAAAGACUGAACCACAGUCCAAGGACUUGCCAGUUAACAAGACCUCAAAGACUGAACCACAGUUCAAGGACUUGCCAGUUAACAAGACCACAAAGACUGAACCACAGUCCAAGGACUUGCCAGUUAACAAGACCUUAAAGACUGAACCACAGCCCAAAGACUUGCCAGUUAACAAGACCCCAAAGACUGAACCACAGCCCAAAGACUUGGUUAAUAAGACCACAAAGACUGAACCACAGCCCGAGGACUUGCCAGUUAACAAGACCUCAAAGACUGAACCACAGCCCAAGGACUUGGCAGUUAACAAGACCUCAAAGACUGAACCACAGCCCAUGGACUUGUCAGUUAACAAGACCUUAAAUACUGAACCACAGCCCAAGGACUUGGCAGUUAACAGGACCUCAAAGAUUGAACCACAGCCCAGGGACUUGCCAGUUAACAAGACCUUAAAGACUGAACCACAACUCAGGGACUUGGUAGUUAACAAGACCUCAAAGACUGAACCACAGCCCAAGGAGUUGCCGUUUAACGAGAUUUCAAAGAGUGAACCACAUGCCAAUGGCUUGCCAGUUAACACAAACUCAAACAAAGAUUCCAUAUUCCGAGAACUACAAAUUAACUCAAGUUUAAAGAAAGUAGAGCUGCCAUCAGAAGUCCACGUAACUAAAACUGUUUCCUUUAAGGAAGAGGAAGAACCUGUACCUGUGGGUGGUAAUUCAAAUAAGAAUCUAUCACCGAUAUUUGGGUCAAGUAAAGCAAUUCUCAAGAGGGGUAACAGACCAAUUGUGGAUGCACAUGUAAAAGAAUCCCUCGACACAAACUUGUCUCCAGGUAAACACCACAAAAAUGAACCAUCGACUUUAAAUGGAACAAAUUUGGCGUCCCAUAAGGUGGGCGAUGAGCACCUGUCGGGUAAUAAUGAAAAGAGAACGGAUUCUUCAGAGGAGAAAUUGCCAGGUGAACCUGAUGAAGAGACGCUAAGAACAGAUGACAGUCGAACUGAUAAGAGAGAAGUCCAUAAGAUGGAAAUAAAAGAAGAAUUGGAAACAAACGGCUCACACACAGAAGAACUGCAGACACUGCAACCUAAAUCGAAAGAAAACAGAAUGGAAGUUUCAAAAAGAAGAGAACUAAUGAUGGAAGUUACAAAGAUAAAAGAAAUAGAGACUGAAGAACACACAAUAAAAGAACCAAAGAUGUUAGAAAGGAAGAUGGAGGAACGAAGCAAACAACUAUUAAAGAUGAUAGAAGAGACAGGAGAAUUAAAGGGAAAAGAAUCAGAGGCAGUUGAACCUCAGACGAAGGAAGUGAAGACAGUUGAACCUCAGACGAAGGAAGUGAAGACAGUUGAACCUCAGACGAAGGAAGUGAAGACAGUUGAACCUCAGACGAAGGAAGUGAAGACAGUUGAACCUCAGACGAAGGAAGUGAAGACAGUUGAACCUCAGACGAAGGAAGUGAAGACAGUUGAACCUCAGACGAAGGAAGUGAAGACAGUUGAACCUCAGACGAAGGAAGUGAAGACAGUUGAACCCCAGAUUGAAGAAGUGAAGACAGUUGAACCCCAGAUUGAAGAAGUGAAGACAGUUGAACCUCAGGCUAAAGAAGUGAAGAUAGUUGAACCUCAGACUAAAGUGAAGAUAGUUGAACCUCAGACUAAAGUGAAGAUAGUUGAACCCCAGACUAAAGAAGUGAAGACAGUUGAACCUCAGGCUAAAGAAGUGAAGACAGUUGAACCCCAGAUUGAAGAAGUGAAGACAGUUGAACCUCAGGCUAAAGAAGUGAAGACAGUUGAACCCCAGACUAAAGAAGUGAAGAUAGUUGAACCCCAGACUAAAGAAGUGAAGAUAGUUGAACCCCAGACUAAAGAAGUGAAGAUAGUUGAACCCCAGACUAAAGAAGUGAAGAUAGUUGAACCCCAGAUUGAAGAAGUGAAGACAGUUGAACCUCAGGCUAAAGAAGUGAAGACAGUUGAACCUCAGGCUAAAGAAGUGAAGACAGUUGAACCCCAGACUAAAGAAGUGAAGACAGUUGAACCUCAGACUAAGGAAGUGAAGAAAGUUGAACCUCAGAUGAAGGAAAUUAAGACAGUUGAACCUCAGAUGAAGGAAGUGAAGACAGUUGAACCCCAGACUAAAGAAGUGAAGACAAUUGAACCUCAGACUAAAAAGCUGAAGACUGUUGAACCCCAGACUGAAGAACUGAAGACAGUUGAACCUCAUACUGAAGUAAAGACAGUUGAACCUCAGGCUAAAGGAGUGAAGACUGUUGAACCUCAGACUAAAGGAGUGAAGACAGUUCAACCUCAGACUAAAAAGCUGAAGACUGUUGAACCCCAGACUGAAGAACUGAAGACAGUUGAACCCCAGACUAAAGGAGUGAAGACAGUUGAACCUCAGACUAAAGGAGUGAAGACAGUUGAACCUCAGACUAAAAAACUGAAGACUGUUGAACCCCAGACUGAAGAACUGAAGACAGUUGAACCUCAGGCUAAAGGAGUGAAGACAGUUGAACCCCAGACUAAAGGAGUGAAGACAGUUGAACCCCAGACUAAAGAAGUGAAGAUAGUUGAACCCCAGACUAAAGAAGUGAAGAUAGUUGAACCCCAGAUUGAAGAAGUGAAGACAGUUGAACCUCAGGCUAAAGAAGUGAAGAUAGUUGAACCCCAGACUAAAGAAGUGAAGAUAGUUGAACCCCAGAUUGAAGAAGUGAAGACAGUUGAACCCCAGACUAAAGGAGUGAAGACAGUUGAACCCCAGACUAAAGGAGUGAAGACAGUUGAACCCCAGACUAAAGGAGUGAAGACAGUUGAACCCCAGACUAAAGAAGUGAAGACAGUUGAACCCCAGACUAAAGGAGUGAAGACAGUUGAACCUCAUACUGAAGAAGUAAAGAUAGUUGAACCCCAGACUGAAGGAGUGAAGACAGUUGAACCCCAGACUGAAGGAGUGAAGACAGUUGAACCCCAGACUAAAGGAGUGAAGACAGUUGAACCCCAGACUGAAGAAGUAAAGACAGUUGAACCCCAGACUGAAGGAGUGAAGACAGUUGAACCUCAGACAGUUGAACCCCAAACUAUAGAAGUAAAGACAGUUGAACCCCAGACUGAAGGAAUGAAGACAGUUGAACCUCAGACAUUUGAACCCCACACAAAAGAGGAAGAUUCCACAGUGCCUGAAAUACUAGAUCAAGACUCAGUAAAACACAAGACCGUUAAUAAAAUCACUGGGGAAGGAAAGGGAGAAGAGAGACAGAUAGAGGAAUUAAAGAAAAUGAAAGAUAAAGACAAUAAGGAAUUAAAGAGAGGAUAUGCAAAGACAGAACACAAGGAAGAGGUGGGAAUGAAAGAAAGUGAAAAUAAGAGAUAUAAUGAAGAAGAAAGGAAAAAAGACACCAUAGUGGAAUUUAAUCUUGAGGUUGAAGAGAACAAGACAAUAGGUGACUUUAUUAUUAAAUUAGACUCAAAGGCGAAGAAAAUAAACACAGAAGAAUUAAUGUCAACAGGAGGACAGGUUGUUGAACAAAAAUCCGAUCAAAUGAAAAAAGAAAAAGAACUGGAAAUGGACAAAACAAUGAAGGCAGAACCAGAACCACAAACAACUAUGAUAGAUGAUGAUCCGAAACAAGGUCUUCAAGUGAUGGUGGACAACACAGACAUACAGCUACAAGAAACAAAAACAUGUGAAACAAAUACACAAAUGCUAAAUAUUGACCAACCACAAGUAGAUGAACUAGAGACAAGUAUACCCUAUGGAGAAGUCAAAACAGAAGAGGUACUAAGACAUGAGUACUCCCUUAGUGGCACACCAGAUCAAUGCAAGGAACCCCCAAUAAUGACUGAGAUUCACAAUGGUGGUAUUAUUCCUCCUGCAUCGCCUUCCUCAGCAGGACAUAUGGGACUUGAGGCUCCAUUGCCCAAGGUUACUUCAAUGAAGGGCCUUCUUAAAGGAAAUCUAAUACAAGAGAAGGCCUUAAGGAUGGAAGAUCACCAAUGGCAGCGUUCUUCUCAGGGUACACCAGGACAGAGGGAACCUUUAUGGGAGGAACAGGCAUCACAAAUUGGCAUAGUCAGGGAGUACCAGGACCCUGUGACAGACCACUCGCAGGCCAUCCACAGGUUGACGACUGAACUAGCGCGACUCACGGAACGGUUCGGCCGCACUCAACAAGAGACACCCAGUGCCACGGUGUUGACGCCCUCUGGUCUACCUAACCUGGACAACACCUGCUACAUCAACUCCAUCAUCCAGUGUCUCUUUAACAUCAACAUCCUGAGGGACUACUUCACACAGGACACAUACAGGAGGGACCUCAAUGAAAAGAGUGAACACCAGGGGGAAGUAGCUGAAUCCUUUGCUCAAGUCAUGGUGGCUCUUGGGUCCUGCCAUAAACUCAACCUUAACCUGAAAGUGAAGCUCAAACAGUUGAAGCAGGUGAUGGAGAAGUAUGACCACAGGGACUUGGUCAGAGGUCAGGACCAACAGGGAGAAGACACUUAUCACCUACUGUGUUCCUUGCUGCUGAGGCUUCACAUAGACCUUGUCCCGAGGACCAAAGCCCGACGGAUCUUCGCCCAACACGACAUCACCACGACCACCACCCAUUACCAUAGGUUCUCGUCCAUCGUGUCUCAUCUGUUCCGCGGGGUACACGAGACUCGGGUAACGUGUGGGUGGUACAACGUCGUCGUCUCCCGCAGUAGGGAACCCUUCUUCACCCUCUCCCUCGCCUCCACUGUGCAGAAGGCAGAGUCCUGGACGCUGGAGGACCUGUUGAAGCAGCACCACCAGCCACGGGACAUACAGUGGUUGUGUACAGCUUGUGGAGUGACCCAUAAGUGUACUAGUGUCACCACCUUCGUCACUCUACCACCAGUACUUGUAGUCUACCUGGGCAGGUGCAGUGCCCAGUUGAAGGAGAGGACCCGAGUGAUGUAUCCUGCAGAAGGUCUCAGUCUCCAGGAGGUGACAACGCCAAGCUGUCUCAGUCACGGAGAUUAUAGUUUGAAGGGUGUGUGUGGUGGUGAAGACCAGGGUAUACAUAAGUCUUACUACCACCGUCACAACACCGCCUUCUGUUCUGACGACCCAUGGACGACGUGUGAGGAUGAGAGUGCCAUUCAGGAGAUGAACCUGAACACCAUCCUACAAGUCACACACGCCAGCAUCCUAUUCUACGUUGCUGAAAAUUAAUUAUAUUCCCCCAACAUAAAAUGAAAUAUAGGGUUGUAUAGGAAUAUACAGUGUGUUUCAGAAUGUUUCCGGAUGAUUAUAGAGUGCCUUGAUCGGGACUGCUUGAUAAAUAUUAAUUAUUCAGACAUUGAACCUAACCUAACCAAAACCACCAUAGAAUCGCCGGGUUAAUUUAGCGUGGGUUAGGUUCGUGUCAUCUGCUUUUUAUUUUCCAGUAGACACAAAUCACUGAUCAUUACCUAAACAAAACGACUCUGAAUCGACUGGUUUGUUUAGGUUAAGUUAAAAGUUUGUGUCGCCUGCUUUAAAGAAUAGAUAAAUCGAUAAAUAAAUGAUUUUGGGGUCAUUUUUGUGGCUCUGCCUGAGGGUGACCUCUUGCUGUAAACUCGAAUCAUGUCUGCAUAAAUAAAAAAAAAAAAAAAAGGGA